UUGAUAUGAAAGUUUUGAGAACAGGUCAUUCCCUUUCAUAACUUAUACUUAUCAUCAUCCUCAUGAACGAAUCUCUAGCACUAACUCCUGCGCCUUGGCCAGCAAUUAGCAAGGUCGAAGUUUGUUACCGAGCUUUCUUCAACAUCUCUUCUUACGGAAUCUUGGAAAACUAUGAAACUCCGAGUGUCAUCUUCGGAUACGCAUUGCCUCUUCUUGAGUUGCAGAUCAUUAUCAUCUUCGUUUUAAUAGUGUUAUCUCAUAUGUUCCUUAGAUUUAUUGGCGUACCACAGUUCGUUUCUUACAUGUUUACGGGGUUGCUUCUGGGACGUCACCUAUUUGAUCUUCAGGACUUUUCUUCCCACCGUUUAUCGUUAGACGUGGCGUUAGAUGGUAACAUAGCGUUAGAAGGUGUGGCCAACUUGGGUUUAAUAAUGUUCACGUUCUUGAUGGGCGUGAAGACCAACAAAAGAGCCGUGUUUCAUAUCGGUAAAGGCACGGUUGCGAUCGCGGUUUUGUCCUUUGUGGUGACUAUGACCGCCGGAUUAGCCUUUAGAAACUUCCAGCUAGACAAGGCCGACCCUCUCUAUAUGCCUCUGAAACUGGCUCCAACAGAACGCACCGUGAUUGUAUCAGUUCAAGCGUUAACGCUGUUACCCGUAAUAACGCACCUGGUAUAUGAGCUUAAGAUUCCAAACUCGGAGCUCGGCCGCCUCGCCAUAUCUAUUGCAACGAUUAAUGAUCUCCUAGGAUUUAUCACUCUGCAAUGCGUUUCCUACGUAGCAUCAUACAGGUAUGUAUCGCCUAGAAUAGCCAACCGCGAUGCAUUGGCAAUGACCAUCUUAAUCCUUGUGAUCCUAUUCAUCAUCAAGCCUACGGCUCAAUGGAUAGUCGACACAAGUCCAGAAGGCAAACCCGUACGGGAACUCUAUGUAUACGGAACAAUUAUGACCGCAAUCGCUGCGAGUAUUUGCACAACUUAUUUCCACCAAGUCCACGUUUUAGGAGCUAUAUUGGUCGGGAUGGCCAUCCCAGACGGUCCACCUCUUGGGUCUGCGUUAGAAGCCAAGUUUGAGGGAUUGGUUACAAACAUAUUUUUACCGAUUUCAAUAGUGGUAAUGACCAUGAAAGCUGACAUUUCAAAGGUAUUGUACGCGUUCGAUGACAUAGCCAUUAACAUAUUUUUGGUGGGUUUCACAUUGGUCGUCAAAUGGACUGCUACUUUUGGGUCUUGCUUGAUCUUCAAGUUACCUACUAACGAAUCUAUUAUCCUCGCCAUUAUGAUGAACUAUAAGGGUUUCGUCGACUUAUGCUUCUUUGAAGGAGCCGCGAAUCAUCGGAAUCUAUCGCAAGCCACUCACACGUUCAUGAUAAUAUACGUUCUUUUGAUCGCGGGAGUUUUACCUACUACUGUGAAAACACUGUACGAUCCAAAGAGGAAGUAUAUAGGAUACGUCAAGAGAGACAUCAUGCAUCUGAAACCAAACUCAGAUCUCAAGAUCCUAACAUGUUUGCACAAACCGGACAAUAUCUCUGGCGUGCUCUCGCUGCUACAACUGCUCUCUUUCACUCCUGACGGCGAGAGUAAUAAAGACAGAGGAGUCAUCGCUGUCACAGCAUUACACCUCGUGAAACUCGCUGGAAGUUCGUUUCCAAUCUUGAUACCACACGACAAGCGGACUAAACCCCAGUUGCAUCAAAACACUUACAUUCAAACAAUGAUGCUCGUGUUCUCCGAGUUUCAACAAGAGAAUUCGGCAUCUACGACUGUUAGCUUCUUCACAGCUUACUCUCAAGAGGAUCUAAUGGAUCAUGACAUUUGCAAUCUUGCUUUAGACCACCACACAUCGAUGAUCAUCGUCCCUUCUGGACGAAAAUGGUCACCUGAUGGAUUAUAUGAAUCUGACGAUAAUGUGAUCAGAAGUGUGAACGCUUCUCUCCUCGACCGUGCUCCCUGUUCUGUAGGUGUACUCAAUGACCGAAGCUACCGCACCAAGAAAAAGAUUAACGGUACCGUUAACGUUGGUGUGAUCUUCAUUGGAGGUAAAGAUGAUCGCGAGGCCAUCUCGCUUGCGAAAUGGAUGAGACAGAAUCCGAGAGUGAGUCUCACGGUGAUCCGGUUUUUAUCUGGUCAAGAACCAGACAAGAAUAAGAAUUGGGAUUACCUUGUUGAUAAUGGGGUCUUAAAUGAUUUGAAAGAAACAUAUGCAUCCUCUGAGAAUUUCGUUUAUGCGGAGAAGAUAGUCAACGGUGGUCCCGCGGUGGCCACCGCCGUAAGAUUGGCGGCGGAAGAUUAUGACUUGAUGAUUGUAGGGAGAGGUCGCGACGAUGAUUUGCUGGAUGUCUCGGGUUUGGCGGAAUGGAUGGAGCUUCCGGAGUUAGGAGUCAUAGGAGAUUUGCUUGCAUGUAAAGAUCUAAAAAGUAGGGUUUCUGUUUUAGUAGUUCAACAACAGCAGCAACAUGAGUGA